ACUUUAAUAGGAUAGGUAGGCAUUAGAGGUAAGACACUCCCGACAUUCAGGUUCUGCCAAAUCCAGUAUGCCAAAUCCACUGUGUGGCACACUGGACGGUACACAGUGGUCGGUGGAGAUAACUGGUCUUUUUUCUGCCCUUUUUGGGAAAUCGAAUAAGACAAAGCACAGCAUCGUCCCUCGUCGCCUCGUCGCUCUCCUUCCCCUAUUCCCUCAGUGAGACCCGGAGCCCCUCGCUGCAACCAUGGUGGUGAUGAAGAUGAAGUUCCCCUUUGAGAAAAGGGUGAAGCUGGCCCAGGGUCUGUGGCUCCUCUCCUGGAGUGCCACAGUGGCCGGGGCCAUGACCUUCACCCUGGGGUGCCUACUUAAGACAGAGCUCCGCAGACGGUCAGAGGUAAUGGAGAAUGGAGACAUCCAUGUUGUGCCCAACACCCUGAUGAUAGUUGGUCUGGCCUCCCUGGGGAUCAACUACUUUGCUUCAAAGAUCUGUCAAGAUGCCCUGGAGGCCGGGCGAUUCCCUCGCUGGAAGAACUUCUUGAAGCCCUACUUUGCCAUCUCCUGUUUCUUCACUGUGCUCAUGCUGCUAGCCGUCAUCAUGAGCUACGCAAUGAAGGGCAGCCUGGAGUCUUCCCUGAAGGGCGGCCUGAAGAACGGCAUCCGAUUCUACAAGGACACAGACACCCCGGGCCGCUGCUUCCAGAAGCAGAACAUCGAUCGGCUGCAGCUUGAGUUUAAGUGUUGUGGAAACAGUGACUACAGGGACUGGUUCGAGGUCCAGUGGAUCAGCAACCGCUACCUGGAUUUCAGCUCUAAGGAGGUCAAAGACCGCAUCAAGAGCAACGUAGAUGGCCGUUACUUGGUAGAUGGUGUCCCGUUCAGUUGCUGCAACCCCAGCUCUCCGCGGCCGUGCAUCCAGUAUCAGCUCACCAACGACUCGGCUCACUACAACUAUGAAUACCAAACGGAAGAGCUCAAUAUCUACCUCCGAGGCUGCAGAGAGGCCCUUGUCAACUACUAUAUGGGUCUGAUGAACACCAUCGGGGCUGGAGUGCUGUCAGUCUUAGUCUUACAGGCUUCUGUGCUGGUGAGCUUGCGGUUCCUGCAGACCGCCAUGGAGGCCUUGGAAGGGAAGGAAAACACAGAGAUUGAGACAGAAGGCUACCUGCUGGAGAAAAGCGUGAAAGACACCUUCAUGGAGUUCAUUAACCCCGUGCUGAAGUUCUUCAUGCUCACAAACCAGGUGGAAGAGGGCACUACUGCAGCGGGAGAGACCCCAACGGCUACGGCCUAAACAACAAAUGACGCACACACACAUAUGUAAAUAAUUUUUACACAGAGAGGGCGAUCAACAAUUUAGGUCUAGUAUUUUUUUAUUAUCAGAUGAUCAUCACUGGUAAACAUUUACUAUCUCACUAUUGCCCAUUCAUUUUUCCCACACUGUAUUAUACCAGAGAAGAGCCACCCGCAGAAGUUAGUGUAAACCCAUGAUUUCUUCUGCUCCUUUAAAUGGAUAAAUCACUGACCACAUGCUCUAUCUUUUAUUAUUCCUCAUUUUUUAUAAUAAUAAACCCUUUUAUUGUUACAUUUGUUUCCAAAAUACACAACAUCAUAUCACUGGUUUAUUGUCAUGCAUUGCUAAUUUCACUACUACAAUGCUUUUCUAUGUAUAAUCAAUUCAAAUAUAAAGAAUAAAGCAAUCAUCGGCCGAUCAAACAAUCACUGGGUAAUUAUUAAUUCAUAAGGAAAAGUACAAAGAUGACUUUUGGUUCUACAAAAACAAGGAUGUUAAGCUGCAUUGUAGAGAGACGUGAGGCACAAUUCCCUGCGGUGCAACAGGAUAAUGACAUAUAAUGAUAGUUUACCUUUUUAAAGUUUGAAGAUACCGAUUAGCUGAUGCAAUGGAGUAACUUGUUUAAACUCUUUUCUAUUGUAAAUAAAAUGCAUGCAUAUGAUA